AUGAGUUCCAGGGCCCCCUCCGUCGGCGAGGACUCGAUCCCGCUUUAUUGCGCGCUUUGCCCAGAGCGGCGGAACUUCUCAGAUCUGUCUCACCUCUUGACGCACAUUUCAUCCAAGAGUCACCUCUCGCGCAAGUUCGACACCGAGCUGCGUGCGCAAGGCGACGAUGGAGUGUCCGCUGCUUCCCUGGCCGAUUACGAGCGCUGGUAUGCGAAGCACCGUAUCGGCGAGCAUCUCCAGCGGCGCAUGGAGACCAAGCAACGCCGCCGUCAGCCCCGCCGUGAGCGGCCUGCCGCAGCCCUGCGUGUCCGGACGGCUGGAGAUCUUCCCUCUCGUUCAGCUGGCCGCUCCGUCAGCGUCAAAGCCGAGCCUCGCGAAGACAGCGAAGAUGUAUUUGGCGCGCAUGUCAACCAUGGCCGGCAGGCGACUGGCCGCUACGACUCGCCUCUAACCCGCAAUGGCAACACCAUCACUACCACGCCUGGAUUCCAGACUCCGACUUCCGGGCGUGUCGAUUCGGACUUGUCUCUCAACUACGCUGAUAUUGGUAAGUUCGAGGACGAGGGUUCCGAGCUCGACGCCUCCAGCUUUGACGGCAGGAUGAGCUGGGAGAAUUUUGAUCUUGAGGACGACGACACGGUGAAGUUGAAGGGGAUCGUGUACCCGGGCAUGGCUGGUUUCGACGCUGCUACUCCCGAGCAACGCCGCAAGCGCAACCAGAAGAAGCCAAAGUCCGUCGUCCAGAACAUGAGAAUCACUUCGGAGUCGAUUGAGCCUGUUGAGUGCAUUUGGAAGGACAUGUUCACCAUUGAACGGAGUCGCGACAUUUAUGCAUCACCCACCCCCGAGGGCAGCCCAGUCAGCAAGAAGGCCGAGCUUCCGGCCAAGAGGAAGAAGAAGCAGGCCAAGAACGGGAGCCCUACCGCUAACAGGGCGCGCCCAGGUGUCACGACUAGGGGAGCGGCUAGGGCCCAGCGGCAAGCUGCUGUACGUCGGGGCACCACCACCACUGCUGCUGCUGACCAGGCUGUGGAGGAGUCGGACAACGGAAACGACGACAGCUCGUGGACUACGGGCCAUGGAUCCCAGGAGGGUGGCGACAUGCUGCGAGCCGACGACCGUCCUAUUCCCAGUAAGUGA